AUGGAGAAAAGUAAAAGUGAUGAAGACAUUUGUGAUACAGAAAACAUUGCUCUACAAGAGGUUGUCUAUCAGCCAACUCUAAUAACAAAUGGGCCUUUGAAGUCUGCUAUACUUUCCAAAAGUAGACCUGGAUAUUUAUAUUUAUCAGUAUUUAUAGGUAAAUACAACAAUGCACUUAUUUUCCUUCUCAAUUGGACUGGGUUUUGGCUGGACGUCACCUGUAAUGGCGAAGUUGCUAGAUUCUGGACAAAAUCCUUUUCCAUGCACAUUGCAUGUGCACAUGCAAUAAAAACAUCAGAAAUUUCCUUAAUUGCUGGAAUAAUAUCGUUGGGGAGUGCAUUGGGACCGUUCGUAUCUGGGACAUUGGCCAAAAAAGUUGGCAGGAAGUUCACCUUACUAGGAUUAUCACUACCUUUCAUAUUAAGCUUUGUAUCACUCGCCUAUACGUCUAGUGUGUAUGUUUACUAUUUUGCCAGAUUUGUGAAAGGGUUUUGCAUCGGUGGUUCAAUGGCAGUGAUACCGAUGUAUAUAGCAGAAAUAGCUGAAGAUCACAAUAGAGGAACGCUGGGAUGUGUCAUUGGUGUUGCGUUGUCCCUCGGUGUACUUUACGCUUUCUUGGUGGGGCCUAUUUUGAGCAUCAAAAUAUUUUCCUUAUCAUGCACCAUAGCACCUAUACUUUUCUUUGUAUUGGGGUACUUUAUCGUGCCUGAAAGUCCGGUGUAUUUAGCUUCCAAAGGUGAUAAAGAAGGGGUUAAAAAGACGUUGAUGAAGCUACGCUCGAGAGGUGAGGAUGAAGUUUAUGCAGAGGUCUCGGGGAUUAUGAGAUCAUGGGAUCAAGACGAUGAUAAUAGUAAAGGUGGUUAUAAAUCUUUAUUUACCAAUAGAGGGGAUUCAAAGGCGUUAAAAAUCACCACGGGUCUUUUAAUAUUGCAACAAAUGUCUGGUAUGCCUGUCGUUCAAUCAUUCCUGGAAACUAUAUUUAAAAGUGCCGGUGGUAGUAUACCUUCUGAUAAAGCACCUAUUAUUAUAGCCAUAAUACAAUUACUUAUAAGUAUUCUAACCACAAAUUUAGCAGAACGCUUAGGCCGAAAAACCUUAAUGCUUAUAUCCACUGCAGGAACAUCAAUAUCACUAAUCAUCAUAGGUAUAUUUUUCUACUUCCAAAACAAGGGUUAUAACUUCUCAACCGUAUCCCUCUUACCAAUUAUAAGCUUAGUCUCCUACACUAUAAGUUACAGUUUAGGACUGAGUGGUAUACCGUGGGUUAUCAUAGGAGAAACAUUUUCUUCGAAGGUCAAAUUCCAAGCUUCAACAUUCCUGACAUGUUUUUGUUUCAUAGCAUCGUUCGUGAUCACCUUCUUUUUUCCUAAUUUUAGUGAAUUCGUUGGCAUGGCUGCUACCUUUUGGGUAUUUGGUGCUUUUUGUGCAGUUGGUAUUAUUUUUGUGGCAUGUUAUAUGCCAGAAACAAAGGGCAAAUCUUUAUCUGAGAUACAGACUAUGUUAAGAAAAUAGUUUAGUUUAUUGUUAUUUAAUUAAGUAUGUACCACGUUUUAACAAACUAUUUAUGUAAACUUAAGCUAAAUAUAUCUGUAUAAGCAUUUUUAUCUCCACGCGGUCUAUAAUUUAAACUUUAUUGUUGUCAACAUUCGAUAAAGAAAUACCUUGUUAUGGCCUAGGCCGAUAAAAAAAUUUAUGAGGCAAGUAAUUAGUUCGAUUUUUUCUCGCUAGGGGUAUUGUUUUGACAAAUUAAUCCUUUCCUAAGAAAUUAACAUACUAAACUGGUUUAAUUUAUUUAUAAUAAGCACUAAUUUGUUUGUUUUACUGUUAAUGUUUAAUAUUUUUCAUUAAAUUAUUGUAAAAUUAAAUAUGAAUAAUAAAACAAAAAGUGAGGUUAGGCAACCAAGA